GUCAAGGAGGGCUGGAGCGCUUCCUCCUUGCUCUGUAGCGGCAAAGGGAGGGAAAAUGUGCACAAGAGGAUUGACAUUGCGGGGCGUGACAAGACCUAGUGACAGUUGCCACCAUGUGAGCUUCUAAAAUCUGUCAUCCCACUGCCGAUCACCUGACACUGUCACCAUCGACGGAAACUGUCACCAUGAGAGGAUCCGAUGGGUUCUUGGCCCACCGGCGCCACCGUCCGGUUGCGUGAGCGCCCCCGCCUACCCUUCCCACAGAUCCUGCACGGCAUGGCCUCUCUGGACCUGCCAUAUCGCUGUCCUCGCUGUGGGGAGCACAAGCGCUUCCGAAGCCUGUCGUCCCUGCGUGCCCACCUGGAGUACAACCACACGUACGAGACCCUCUACGUUCUCUCCAAGUCCAACAGCAUUUGCGACGCCGCCGCCCUGCUGCCCCUGGUGACGGAGGGAGCCCUCCUGUCGCCUCCCAACAAUAACGACCCCCUUGAGCCUCUGCAGCCGUCGGCUUUGAAAGAACGCCGCUUCCCCUGCCGCGAGCUUCCCUGUGUAGACGACCUGAGUUUGACGCCAGCGAGCUCCAACACUCCCGCCAGGUACAUCCCCAAUGUGGAGUUUCCUCUGGGGGAGAUUUUGAUGAAGAAGGCCAUGACAUCCACAGACCCCGGCCCCUAUGGGAACCCCAGUACAGCCGUGGCCGUAGCAGCUAACGUCGCCGCCAGUGCAGUGGAGGCGGCUUAUGAAGAAGGCCUGGCCAGGUUGAAGGCACGCGCGUUUGAACGUCUUGAGCUGGAUGAGAGGAUGGAGAAGCUUUCUGAAGAGGUGGAGCAGAAAAUAGCGGCCCGCGUAGGCCGUCUGCAGGCCGAGCUGGAGAGAAAGAGCUCCGAGCUGGAGCGGGCCAAGCACGAGAGCGAGCGGCUCAGCCAGGAGAAGCAAGAGCUCGAGGACAAGGCCUUGGAGCUCUCCCGGCAGGUGGAUGUCUCGGUGGAAAUGCUGGCCAACCUAAAACAGGACCUGGUGAACAAGGAGGCAGAGCUCAGCCACAAGCAGCAGGAGGUGGCCCAGAUCGACCAGUUCCUGCAGGAGACUGCGGCGCGCGAGGCCAACGCCAAAGUUCGCCUGCAGCAGUUCAUCGAGGAGCUGCUGGACCGCGCCGACCGCGCCGAGAAGCAGCUGCAAAUCAUCAGCAGCUGCGGCACCACGCCCAACGGAAGCCUGGGACGCUGCAGUCUCCAGGGCAAGGGCAACGGACGCCAGAGAAACUCCAGCAUCUCUGGAAGCACAAGAGGCAUCUACCAAGCAUCCGAAAGACGUUCCUCCCCCAGUACGGGCGCUGCAUCGGGUCGGAUCAAGUCGGUCUCGCAGGGUUCUGGCGGAUACGACAGCGACAGUGUGGAGAUGCACCCCAUGGAGGAGUGCCCCGAGGCUCAGUACUACCACAUGCAGUGCCGCCUGAACGAGGCGGCUUACGAGCGCUCGCCCGGAUGCGGCGGAGGGGGGAGGAACUGGGGUCUCCGCAAACAGGCUAUCCAGAACUGGCAACGGCGGCCUUACAGGAACAGCACCGAGGGAGAGGAGGGAGACGUGUCCGACGUAGGCUCUCGGACGACCGAGUCCGAAGUGGACAUGUGGGAGCAGGAGAGGAGGGCGGUGGCGGAGGUGCAGCAGUCCGGCGCCCCCUAUCCUUACCACGGCAGGGCCGGAUAUCGAACUAACGCAGGUCGAUGUGAAGUCGUUUACAGCAAACCGUGUCGCCAUGAGAAGAGCCCGUCCAAAUCCAACGAGGUGAUCAGUCCGGAGAUCCUGAAGAUGCGCGCCGGUUUGUUUUGCAUCUUCACCUACUUGGAUACCAAAACGCUGCUGAGAGCUGCGGAGGUCUGCCGAGACUGGAAGUUUGUGGCCCGCCACCCGGCCGUGUGGACCAGAGUCUUGCUGGAGAGCACGCGCAUUUCCUCCAAGUUGCUGGGAACGUUGUCUCAGUGGUGCACUCAGACGCACUCGCUCAUCCUGCAGAACCUCAAACCGCGACAGCGCGGAAAGAAGGAAACCAAAGAGGAGUACCUCAAAAGCACACGUGGGUGUCUGGAGGAGGGUCUGGAGGCGCUGCUGAAGGCCACGGGAAGUAACCUGCUCAUCCUCAAGAUCUCGCAUUGUCCCAACCUGCUGACCGACCGCUCCCUCUGGCUGGCCAGCUGCUAUUGCCGAGCUCUGCAAGCCGUCACUUACCGGAGUGCCACAGACCCAGUUGGCCAGGAGGUUAUCUGGGCCCUCGGAGCAGGCUGUAGAGACAUUAUCUCCCUGCAGGUGGCGCCACUACACCCAUGCCAACAGCCGGCUCGUUUUAGCAACAGAUGCCUGCAGACCAUCGGGAGGUGCUGGCCGCAUCUCCGUGCGCUCGGCGUGGGGGGAGCGGGUUGCGGCAUUCAGGGGCUGGCCUCACUGGCAAGGAACUGCAUGCGCCUCCAAGUGCUGGAGUUGGACCACGUGAGCGAAAUCAACCAGGAGGUGGCAGCAGAGGUCUGCAGGGAGGGUCUGAAGGGCCUGGAAAUGCUGGUGCUCACCUCCACGCCAGUCACCCCCAAAGCUCUCCUCCACUUCAACAGUGUGUGCCGCAACCUGAAGUCCAUCGUGGUGCAGAUUGGUAUUGAAGACUACUUUGAGGACCCCAACAGCCCCGAAGCAAGGAAGCUGUUUGAUGAGAUGGUGAACAAGCUCCAGGCGUUGAAGAAAAGACCCGGCUUCUCCAAAAUCCUCCACGUGAAAGGCGACAAUCUGUGCUAACACCAUUUCCCGCAGCAUGUAUUGAGAGCCGCCGUCGUUGCCUCCCACCACGGUGGCGCCCUUCAAGUUAGAAAAGACGCCGCUCCGUGUGUGUGUGUGUUUGUGUGUGUGUGUGUGUGUGUGUCUUCUGCAACAAACCUAACACUGGGCUGCCUUGAUGAACCCAUUCAUGCUUAAGGAGAGGCACUCGUUGCUUGUUGUGGGGGAUUCAUGUGCUGCACUGCUGUGUUGGUUGUGACUUGACACGGUCUCAUGAUGACAAACACACACACAGACACAAAAGAAUAACAAUAAGGUCAGAUUCUUGGCUUUUCGGAUCAUGUUGCAUCUCGGAGUGGGAUCUCAUUCUUCUUGAAAGGGCGAAUUGUACCUGACCACGCGCACACUGCUUGACGUGGACCCGAGGGUCACGUGAAACUGUCCACAGGAGACAAAAUUCUUGAGACUGAAUGGAAACUUCCAGCUUCAACUUCCUGCACAAGAAGCGUGUUGCAUCUACUUGCUGGCCUGGCAGUGAUGCGUUUCCUCUACCAUCCAUGCUGACAUGAUGCAUAUUCUUUCCUGAUGGUUAAAAAAAAACAAAAAAAAACAGCACGCAGGAUUCAUUUUAAUCUCCAAAGCGGUGCCAUUCGUGUCUGUCCUCAUUUCGGUGAGAUUUAUUUAAUUAUAAUUUUUUUUUUAAUCCGACGUGCCAUUGAUGUGGGAAUAUUUCAUAUCCUUCUAAUCACAACGAGAGAGAUUGAUCACAUCCUACUGCAGGUGUCAAAGUGUUAGAGUGUUAAUUCAUCCUUGUGGCGCCUUCUGCUGGACUUUUCAACCACGUUCACAGUCUGAUGGGAGGAAUCAUUUCUGUUGAACAAGAAUUCAGAGGGUCCUCGCUUUACAUACGAGAUUUCGGGAUUACAAACGAGGGCAGCGCCGUAAGAAUGUGAUCACGCUACGCAUGAAGGAACGCUCAGUUACCGCCGUGCUUACCGUUUUAUCGGAUUGUUUUAUAUUUAUGGCCCGGAAGGGUUUUUCAUACAGAUAUUUACAUGAACUAGUGCUUUAGCGUAGGUUCGUGAUAGACGGCGUCCCGUUCCGACUCGCGUACAAAUUGUGUGAUUACGUCACCGGCGUAGGAACGGAAUUCCGUCGUAAAUGGAGGACCCCCCGAUAUGUAAUUCCUGAAGAAAUUCCGUGAAUGCUGAGAGAUGCCAAAGAAUUGGGGACCCAAAUGCAAGUUCAUGCAUUACAGCAUAACAUAGCAAUGCUUACGAGGGAUGGGCAUUUCAUUGCAUUUCCUUAAUUGAUUGAUUCCUUGUUCAAAUUUGACAAACUAAAGGGGAGUUUCCGAUUUAAAAAAAAAAAAAAAAAAAAUCACUUUUUGUCGUGUUUGUUAAAUUACGUGAGUGAAAUAAUUCAUUGUUUCUUUCGUAUUAUUUAUAUAUUAUAAAGGGAUGAGAGCAGCUCUCCCAGAUGGUUCUGAACUCCUGUUUCUAUGCCAGUGUCAUGUUGAGCGGUUGCCUCGAUUGCUUCAGAACACCAUUAAUCGACAAUCGAUUCCAUAUUUCUUGCAAUCAAUUAAUUGACAACUCGGUACUACCGCGCACAUAUGCCACCUAGCGGCUGUGAUCACUAAUGACAUGACAUAUUGGCAAGCAAUUUCCUUGGAUGUUUUGUACGUUCAUUGAUUUUUGUCCAGUACUUCGCUUAUGUUUAUUUGGGUAAAGAAAACUAUGCGGGAGAAAUUUACCCUCUAGCCCACCCGCGACUCUAAUAUAUAUAUAUAAAAUAGAUGGAUUGGUAUACUGUCUAUUAUAUAUUGUUAAAAAAUAAUAAUAAUUGAAGCACAUUACUGUGAAUGUUCACAAAGGGAGCACCUUUUUAAACUUACAGUAUUUAUUAUUAUUAUUUUUUUUUCCUUCUGCUACAACCCGCAGCUCUCC